CAAACAAAUCGCGCCUUUGCCUUGACUCAUUAAUGAUUGAAUCGUAUGCAAACUCGGUCGAGAGGUGACGUUGCGCGGCGCACCAGGGAUCCCAUCGUUCUCACCAAGGCAUGGUCCAGGAGUGCCGGGGGAGAGGCAGCUCCAGCCCUGGGGAUGGAUGCAAACGAGACAGAUGGCUGUUUGCUGGUGACCAGAGUCCUAGAAAAGUAUUACCUUUCCACCAUGUACAGCCUUGUGUUCAUUUUCGGCUUCAUUGGAAAUGCCAUUGCUGUGUUCGUCUAUAUUUUCUGCCUGAAAAACUGGAAAAGUGGCAACAUCUACCUGUUCAAUUUAUCACUAUCAGAUUUAUUAUUUCUAUGUACUCUUCCAAUACUUGUGAACAGCUACUCCAGAGAUCAAUGGGCAAAAGAGAGUGUCUUGUGCCAUAGCAACAGAUUCCUGUUGCAUGCAAACCUGUACAGCAGCAUCCUUUUCCUCACUGCUAUCAGUAUUGACCGAUACAUGCUCAUAAAAUAUCCUUUCAGAGAACACCUCCUACAGAAGAAGAAGGCUGCCAUUAUCAUCUCUGUGGCCAUAUGGAUCGGGGUGAUACUGGAACUGCUGCCCUUGGUGUAUUUUCUGGAGCCUAUAGCGCCUGCCAAUAAUUACACGUGUCUUGAUUAUGCAAGCUCUGGAGAUGCUGUGCAAAACCUCAUCUAUAGCAUGUUUUUGACUGUCUUUGGGUUCCUUAUCCCUCUUGUGAUCAUGUGCUGCUUCUAUGUGAAAAUGGUUCUUUUUCUUAAAAACAGGAACGGGCAAAUCAGUUCUCUCCUGGCACUCGAAAAACCCCUUACUUUAGUCAUCCUCACAGUGGUUAUCUUCUCAUUGCUCUUUACUCCCUAUCACAUCAUGCGCAAUGUCCGACUUGCUUCACGAAUUCCAGCCUUGAAUUUAUCUGUGUGCACGAAGGGCGUCAUCAACAACAUUUACAUCAUCACGAGACCCAUUGCGUUUUUGAAUAGCGCCAUUAAUCCUGUGUUUUAUUUCUUGAUGGGUGACCACUUCAGAGAGAUGCUGAUGGCAAAACUAAGGCAGCUCUUGAGCAGGUUGACAACCACUGACGAAUGAAUAAGGAGGCCUCGCAAAGUGGGCCAUGAGGGAGGAAACUCCCUUAGGGAGAGCGUUCACCGCUGUACAUGCCUUUUCUUGAGAUAACUUUAUUUAUGCUAUAGAAUAUGCGUGAGCUGAAUGUGUUCCUCUAAAUGUGCUUGUUAUCUUAUUGCACAGGAGACAUCCUCCUGCUAAUCUGACUGCAGCAAACCAGAAGUGAUGUUCUCUCACAACAGUCCAGCAGGAAACUGUGCUCUCAUAGCAGCACACGCUAUGGCCAAUUCAUAUUUUAAAGAAAGGAUCAUCACGGUAGUUCUUAGAGGAAAUAUACUGCUCCUCGACAGCUGCUCUGUGAGCCAUAACUUGAUGCUGGGCUGGACCUAAGCUUGGAUAAGCUGUGCCAGGGGCACUAAUUCACAUUCUCAACAGAGUCCGGGGAUCAAGGUUGAGUCGUCUUUAUAUAAGUGUUCGCAAACCCUGCAUCUCCUGGGAGGUUCACCUUUCAGAAUAAAUAACUGGGACAAUUUCCAUUUCCAGCUGAUUUGGUGAGGGCUGGCAUCCUGGAUGUGGCCAAAAAGGAGGGUAUGCAAAGGGCUGGGUGGAACACUGUCGGCGUCACAGGAGCGGGGCAGGGGCAAGGUUCCUGUUUUGUUUGUGAUGAGUGUGAGGAGAGCAGAAUGCUGUAACGUCUGGCUCCUGGUCUUACAAGCAUUUCAUGUAAGACCAUGAAUGAGACAGCAAGGACAUGUGGGUGUGCGGUCAGGUUCUUUCACUCUUUGACACUGAAGUAAAAAGAAAAAAUAUGUCAUUUUAGUUCUUAACUGAGAUUUGCUUUUGUACAUCACUGGGGCAGCUAUGCAAGCUCAUACUGCCAUUUUCGCAGCCACUUUUCAAACUAUAGAUUUCCUUAACUUGUCUAUAAGAGAGAGCAGAAUGUAUAGCUUGAAGCAGAAUUUGGACCUCACAGUUCAAACUUCAUUAAUAGUUCUGAUAAUGAAAUGGGAGCUAACGAGGAGCCAGUGCCCUGCAGAGUCAUUGCAGCAGCGGAGCUUACUCUCCAAUGAACUGACCUGACUUGGAGUGUAAAGGGCAAAGAGAUCCAUGAAGUAACAAGCUGGUCUGAGCUUGGGCAGGGGAAGGACGUGGCAGAGUGGCGAGUACUGGGCAGCAUCACAGCCAGGAUGUGGGCAGCCCCCUCUGCCUGUGCUCGGCGGGUGAUGGAGGAGCUCCGGGAAGAGCGAAAGGCCGGAGCUGCCUGUGGACUCGGUGGCCCCAAGGCAUUGAGAAAGGACCUUUCUCAUCAGAGACAACUUUAGUUCUGCUUUCUGAUGUGAUGGUCUUCUGCAAUACACUUAACUGCCUUCCUGAUAAUAAA